AUGGGGGACAACACCGAGAACAGCACCACCACAGAGCAGUAUAUGAAGCCUGCAACACGGCUACGAAAGCUCCUCUCUCAACCAGGUGUCUGUAUUCAAGCCCCGGGAGUGUACGAUGGCAUCUGUGCGCGCCUCGCCAUUGAGCAAGGGUUCAAAGUCAUGUAUCAAGGUGGCUCUAUGACUACAGCGGCGCGCCUGGGUAGAGCAGACCUCGCAUUCGCAUCACUGAACGACUUCGCACAGAAUGCACAGAUGAUCGCCAAUAUCGACCCUCGGAUCCCACUCAUUGCCGACGCGGACGUCGGAUUCGGUUCGCCGCCAAACAUCGCUCGCAUGGUGCAGACGUAUGACUCGUGCGGAGUUGCAGGCUUUCACAUUGAGGAUCAAGUAUCAAAUAAGCGAUGUGGUCAUUUAAAGGGCAAGGAAGUCGUGGACAUUGAAACCUGGAAGUCAAGAAUCCGCGCGUGUGUUAUAGGGCGGGAUUCAAUCUACGGCGGUAGCGACAUUCUCAUUAUUGCGCGAACAGACUCGCUGGCGGUUGAAGGAUACGAUGCUGCCCUUGAGAGACUUAUCGCAGCGCGGGAGUGCGGCGCUGACAUGGGCUUUUUGGAAGCCAUUGAGACGGAAGAGCAAAUCAAGAAUGCUGUGAAGGCUCUCUCACCAAUGCCGCUCAUGGUGAAUCUGGUCUCCAAUGGUAAGACCCCAUGGUUUUCACCUGAGCAACUGGGUGAGUGGGGAGUAAAGCUCGCCAUCUACCCUGGUGCUGCUGGAAAGUCGGUUUUGCACACCAUUCGACGUGCGUACAAGUAUCUCAUGGAAACUGGCAAAGAUGAUGCAGCGGCACAAGGCUUGGAUCCCAAGGGAUUCUUUGAUGUUAUGGGGUUGCAGAGAGAGAUGGAAAUUGAUCGCCUUGCGGGAGGCGUAUCAUUCGCGAACGGCGCAUAA